GGAACUAAACUCAGAUGCAUGUCAAACCACAACACUUGUGCGCGUUCAGACGAGCAAAUUAAGACUUUUAACUGAGCCAUCACUUCAGAUGCUCUAGUUUUCUACCAUAAACAAACGGUCUCAUAACUGGCUAAUCUCAUAAUCUGCUACGUUUGAACAUGUCGAAAUAUCUUGAGGGAGGUUGGAAGCACAGCACAAAACCAUGGCUGAGUUUUAAAACCAAGUGAGAUUUCUUUUCAGACAGCAGGUUCUCGCGCACAAAUAUAAAAAAAGCUGUUUUCUCUCAUAAUGUCCAAAAAUGCUGCACGCAUAGAAGUGGUGCAGGCGCAUAAAUAACGACGUGUUUUCAGACUUCACUCGGUUAGACACACAGCCUGUGUAGUUAACAGAAGUGUACUUGGAGAUGAUGUGGUUGGACAUGACAGGCUCGAUGACUCUCAUGGUUUCCUCACGAGUCUGCGCUGGUGUUAAUGCUGCUUCACACAGCGUGUCUUCCUCAUUAACACACGAGCACUCAGUGUAAACUCAGCGUAGAGGAAGCAGACGUGCUUGUAAUGCUCUGAAUGCCGAAGAAACCCGUCUCCACCGAGCUUCAGUCUGUCAGCAGUUCAUCACUUUUAAUUUAAUCGGCUAUGGAUCCGCCUGAAAACUCGGUGAACCACGUUAAUCGCACUAUUUGGACCGUUUGGGGUUAUCUGUCUGGGACUGUUGCCAGAUAUCUCAGACCGGAAGUCACAGCUGAAGGAAACCAAAGUGUUCAUGCCAGAACAGAUGAAAUUAACUUGAAAAGUGCAGUAAACAAGACUGACCGAGACAGAAAGACAAAUAAUAGUGACAAUGAAAAUGACAGAGCGGAGGUCAAGUGUUCCCCUUCUAAAGUCAGACUGGCUGCUUCUGUACAGUGGGAAAACACUGGUGUGGGCAAGAAGGACAGUAAGGAUAAAGUCUGUGUUUAUACCACAAAAAAACAAACUUACCAUUGUGCAGCAUGGUCCAUCGGGACGGAUACAGACAGCGAAGGACACACCGCUGAGAAAGUUUCAUCCAAUGAGGUUCUGGCUGAAGAAAAACAUGCAAACUGUGAAAGUGAGGAGAGAAACACCCCACGAGAGCUGGAGAUCACUGGAAAAACUGGACGAAACAAUGGUGACAAUAAAGAAGCAUGUGAUGAGAAUCGUAAGGUUGAGAAGUGUGCAGAGAAGAGAGAAGAUGCAGAUAACAACGACGUCAUGAUUCAGUCUGAGCAAGAUGGAGAACAAGACAAACAGAUCGGUAUGAUGGACCAUGGAGAGACAGAAGAAAGAGGUUUUAAACAUACUGAUGAAACAGAGAAAAAAAUAAUAGUCCAGAAGAAUCAGGGGGAAACUGAGAGUGAUGGAGAUCAGAGGAUUGAAUCACAAGUGCAGGAUUUACCGGAACAUUUGACGGAUGAAGCAAACGGCAUUUCAAAGCCGGAGAAGCUGAAAAAAAUUGACAAAUAUUUUGACGAAAUCGAUGAAUUCUCUAAAAAUGGGCUUGAGGAGAUGAUUCUUGGAACUGAGCAGGAUGAAGACACCACAGACAUGACUAAAAAUGAGCUAACAGAGUCCACAAAAACCCUGCAGAGAGAAUCUGAUGAUGAAACAGAACUGAAAAUGACCACAGUAAUGGAUGAAAUCAUCGAUGCAUUAGAAGAAACCCUGCUGUCGGAUUCAGAAAAUACUCCAGAAUCAGGAACUGGCUCAUCUGAAGGCAUGCUUUCAGGUCUGACUGUUUGUGAGUACCUUGGAGAAUCACUAGAGGUUGAUUGGGGAUGUUUUGAGGAGAUCCACACUAAGCUACACCAUCCUCAAUCUCCUGCAGAAGAGCAAGCAGAAGAUGCUGAACAUGACACUGAAACUCAAACACACAAACCCGAGCUCUCGCUCAAAGAACAUGUUGAAUUCAGAGCUGGAACAAAGAUCCGUUCAGGAGACGAGGAAGCAGAAGCUGUCAUCAGAAAUGUUACUUUGCAGCCACACAAGCUUCUUGAGUUCACAGAAGGACAAUGCAAAUUGUCUCAAGGAACAAUGAAUACUUUCAGUGAAACGCAGAGAGAUUCAAGAACGUCUGAAACCACUGGAUCUGCAGAGCACAUUUCAGAUGUCAAACCAGUAUCAACGAGGCCUUUGAGCCCAGCAGAGCUUCUGGAGGAACUGCUAGAUCUGCAGGGCGAAUCAGAGACAGAUGUGGCCAAGACCACUUUAGAGUAUUUAGAAGAAAUUACAAAUCAAGUCUUGAAGCAAAUGAUAGAAACAGAGUGUAACUUUGAAGCAGAACCUUUGGUAGGACUUUCUUCAGAAGAAACUGGUGAUGCAGAUCAUCAAGCACCUGCACGGUGUGUGUCAGAAGAUGCUCCUGUCCUGGAAGAAGAACAGACGUUAUUAGCUGAGACAGUGGACAGUAGGGUGGAAAUCACAAGCAGUGAAGAACAUAUUAGUUCACCGGCGUGUGAAAGCACUGAAGCUGAUGGACGUCAUGAGCGGAUGCAGAAGUCCAUCGCUGGAGAAACAGUGUUGAGACGACAUGAGGACUUGAUGGAAGUUAACAGACCUGGGAUGAAAAGAGGAUUUGAUCGAAUGAACAAAGACCUUCCAGAGGAGAAGAUGGAAAGAAAAUCUGAUCUAAUCCUGCAGGUUUUUGAGGACUCCUCUUUAGACUUCAGCGCUCAGAAGUCUAGGAUUGCUGUGAAGAAUCCACUCGUCCGGCCUCCUAAAGACCCCAGAAAGCUUCUCUUCAGAGCCUCGGUCGAACCUUCAGAUCUCCGCCAGACGACCCCGCUCUCAGCUCCAAACAAACGCAUGAUUGGACUUAAACUCCCAGGGCUGGACUCAUGGCUGUCAGAAGCAGAGAGAACACCACAGACACAGCAAAAGUCAGUUGCAGUAAGGGAGGACUCAGCUAAACCCAAAUGGACACCGCCUAGGCAUCCUGGCAUGGGGAGCCCCUUCAUGAUGGCAGAACUCAAAAACAAACUCAAGAAGCCAAUCCAGGAAUAAUAUUUCAUUACAUCAUGAUUUUCAGAUGCCUUUUUUUUGUCUUAAUCAAGCACUAUGCAGCCUGAAAAAUUACUUCUUCUACUGCAACACAGCAAUUCGUUUUACUUCCACUAUUUUGUUUGCUUGGGACAAAAUGAAAAUCUAAGCUGCAAACACACAUUUCUCAUGCGACACUUUAACUGAGCUUAUCAGCAUUUAUACUGUGUCUGUAUUUACUUAUAUGCAAAGAAAAAAUAUGAGGAAAAUUAUUACAAACUAAAUAUUAUUAAACAUUUUUUGCACUUUUUUGCAGAACUUAAACUUUCUGUGACUGUAGUUCAGCAGUCAUAGCCAAUAUGUAUCACUAGGGAGCAGCAGAGAGUCCCUGCUGUUGUUUUGUUUCUGAAGGGCAUGAGUCACUGGCUGUCAUUUAUAUCAUAUUUAAUAGUAAUUUAUUGCAAUUUGUUAUUUUUAUAUUGUACAUUUUUUUUUGUCAUCACUUGCUGUGUGUAUACUUAUUUGAAAAAUAUUGUAUGUAAACAAUCAUGGCAAUAAAUACUUGGGAUAGAAUGUA